GCCGAUUCUUGACGUAUUUAUUCGGAGCACGCGUGCGACCCAUGCUCCCAAGAGCUUCUAUACAUAAUGACCGCUUGAGAUCAACUCAACGGUCUUUCUCUCUCUCUCUCUCUCUCACACACACACACACAGAGGAUGCUGCUUCUCGUCUUGGUCCUCGUCUUCUUGGCAUGCUUCCUUGUGUUUCGAUUCGCUACAGCCGAUGGGGAUUUUACUUUGUUAGCAAAAGGGUCAGUGAAACGGGAGGAAGUGGAAGACAAGGUCGUGUGGAUUACGGGUGCAAGCCGCGGGAUUGGAGAGGCCCUUGCUAAGCAAUUUGCAAGUUUAGGUGCAAAGCUGAUCCUCUCUGCACGACAAGAAUCUGAACUAGAAAGAGUCAAAUCAGAACUUAGAGGUAAACAUGUCCCGGAUGGAGUGAAAAUUUUACCUUUGGAUCUAACCUCUGGUGAUGAGUCCUUGAGGGAAGCAGUGAGGCAAGCUGAGUCAUUCUUCUCUCCUGCUGGUAUUGAUUAUAUGGUUCAUAAUGCAGCAUAUGAGCGCCCUAAAACUGCAGUUCUGGAUGCAACUAGCGAAGCUCUCCUGGCAACAUUUAAUGUGAACGUUUUCGGUACAAUUGCCCUUACACGACACCUUGCACCUUUCAUGCUGAAGAGAGGAAGAGGUCAUUUUGUUGUGGUGAGCAGUGCAGCAGGGAAAAACCCAUCUCCUGGACAAGCUAUUUAUUCUGCUUCCAAAUAUGCUGUGAAUGGAUAUUUCCAUACACUACGUUCUGAGCUAUGUCAGAGAGGGAUCAAGGUAACUGUAGUCUGUCCAGGGCCAAUAGACACUUCAAAGAGCACAGGAGAUGCUAGUUCCCUUGGGCAAUCUCCUCAUACUGAGAGACGUGUUCUAGCUGAUAGGUGUGCUGAGCUUAUUAUCGUUGCAGCUACACAUGGACUUAAGGAAGCCUGGAUUUCAUAUCAGCCAGUGCUUCUUGUGAUGUAUCUGUCGCAAUAUUUCCCAACCAUUGGUUUCUGGCUCAUGGACAAGAUUGGAAGGAAGCGUGUGGAGGCUGCAGAACAAAAAUCCAGCACCUAUGCGUGGGAUCUGCUAUUUGGUAAAGGAAAGAAGAGAGCCUGAUGCGUUGAUGUGACUAUGAGCUCUAGUGACUAGCAUAUCGACCAAUGAAACACUUAUUCCAAAUCACUCCUGCCAGAAAAUAUCUUUUCGAGUCCCUAAAACCUGAUUAUUCCUGUCAAAUAUGUUGAUGAUCAAACCCUUUCACUGAGAAGUUGAUAUGAAACCUUAUAAGCGACAGCC